AUGGCCGGAAUGGCAUUUGAAGAGCUGGAACCAGAUUUCGAGCUUGACGGAGAUGAAGGGGAAGUGCUUGACGUUGGGCCCAUGGAGGUCGAUCCAAACCUGGGUACUGAUGAAUGGCUGAUCGGGAAGGUACUUUCCCCACACAAGGUGGAGCCGGGGAUUUUCAGAAACGUUAUGCUGAGACUUUGGGAAUCCAGGAACUGCACGGAGAUCAGAAACGUUGGUCUGAAUCUGUUCUCUUUCCGAUUCGCCUCGGCUAAGGACAAAGAAUUGGUUCUUCGUUCUGGUCCUUGGAUUUUUAACAGGCAUCUGCUUGCCUUGAACUCUUUUGACUUGGCUGUUAAUCCGGCUAGCAUUCCUGUAACGAGAGUCCCAAUCUGGGUUCAAGCUCACGGGCUACCUUACACUCUGAGGACCGAAAGAAUGGCCCGAUCACUAGGGGAAAAAUUUGGAGGGUUUUUGGAGUGGGACAAGUAUGAGGCGCGGCGGUAUGGCGUCAGUCUUCGGAUUAGAGUGUGGCUGGAUAUCACUGCUCCAUUGAGGAGGGGGCAGAUGGUGGCAGUUCAAGGUGGAGCACCGGUUCGGGUCUCUUUCAAGUACGAAAAAAUUGUGAACUUCUGCUUCCGUUGUGGAAUGGUGGACCAUGUGCUUGCCGAUUGUGUUCUGCCUGACGAUGGCUCUCCUAAUCGUUAUGGCCUCUGGAUCCGUGGAGAGACAGAGAAAAGGCGUGGUGCACGACGGGAUGGGGGAAAAUUGAGACUGGAGGAAGAAGAGCUACAGGAAGAGUAUGAGGAGGAUGCUGAGGAAAACCAUGCUGGGGAGGACGCACAAGAAACCAGAGAAUCAGGGAAUGCUACGAGGAAGAAGAGUGUCGAGGAGGAACUGGUCACGAAGCCUACCUCAGCUGAUGACAAGCACGAGCCCAAUGCAAAGCUAACGGGAACAAACAAACCUGAGGAGGAGGUGGACAACAACAGGAGGCCUGGGAAAGCCAAGGCAGGGACUGACUUCGUUUUUGGCAGCCAGCGUGUGCAUGGGAACAAUAGCCCAUGGAAGCGGCAACCAAGAAGUGGUGCAAGAGGGGUCCAAAUCCGAGAGGGAGGGGGUGCUCAUCAUGAGGGUGAUCACAGGAAAAGGUCAAGCGUGUCUUCUUCCUUGCCUGGCCCAAAUAGCACUGGUUUUUCACCACCUUUGAAGAAGAAACACACUGAUUCUGGAUUGGGAUUGGCGGAGUCUGCUAAGCAGCCCCGCCCACCUCAAUGA